UUCAAUUCAAUACAAAAAUGUGUUCCAAAGAAACAGCUUCAUAAUGUCCACAACAUUACUAUCACGGGUUCGAAUAGCCCCGACAUAUAGGACAUUAUUAUCACAUCGAAGUGUCUCUACAUUAAGUACCAAUCCUCAUAUAAGGGUAUUCCCCAAUGCCUCCAUUAACAGUGGGCAUCUGCUCACGUACCUCGAUACGAACCCGCCGACACACAGACUAGCGAUCGGUUCCACUACAGCGAUACCACCGACACCUCAAUCAUUUUCCGAGAACCACGAGUUUCUUAACAUAUUAACGGAGGUUCUCCGUGAUCAUGCUGCACAAGAUCCAGGACUGGUAGCGCAAGCACAGGCUUUCGCCGGACCAGGCGGGGCGACUCUCGGCUCAGGUGGUGCAUUCUUUCCUCAACAACGAAAACAACGGAAUACAAGAGGGACGGCUGCUGGUCUUGGGGGAGGUGGUGGUGCCGGUGGAGGCGGUGGCGGAGGAGCGAGUGCCCAAGGCGGGGCUGGAGGUGCGGGAGUGGGAGGACAUAUCCAUCUUAGCGAUCUAAGAAACCCGCCCGACUACGGGAGAAUUGCGUUUCCCGAAGACAUUCUUGGAAGCAUUGAAGUUGAUGGGGCUGGAAAGAUCAUAGGAGAGUUCGAACCCAGCGGUACAUACCGUAUUGUCACGAAUGAGGGAAUUUUGGGCCUCAGUGACUUCCUCAGAAAUAAGCUUGUCGAAAGGUUACGAGAGGAAGAGAAGAAGGCAUGACGCCAUAACAGCAAUUUAAGCGUUGUGCCUUCUUGCCAAGACUCCACUCCCUCGCAAUUAUAAGAAUACCUUAUGACGUGUUUGUAUCAAAACAGAAACAACCUAGGAUUUUGUUACAAACGAACGUCUUCAACAAAAAGUACAUAUCGUACACACCUACAUAUUAUACUUGUCAAUUACAGUAUUUGUGCGACCACAUAUGUCUUAAUCGUAUAUGUAUACUCCUAUAUCUUACACCGGCCGAUCGAGGUUAGCCACAGUAUAGACAUCUACCUUUCUGUAUUACCUAAGCCUAAUAUAAUAGAAGGAAAGUGCAAAAAUGAUCUUAUUGUCUCGGAUCUAUGUAUGACAGAUUACUUACAUUACAUGACUGUGUAUGUAUCGCCCUGACGAUACCUUCCCAUUAA